AGGCGACAACGCCGGAGCAGGUGAGUCAAGUACAUUCAAAGCUGUACAACCCUGGCGCGCCCAGACACCCUUUGCCCUGGGUCCGUCCCUCCCAGGCCAGGCGUUGGCCGCGCCUCUCCCACCCCCGCCUUGGUCUGCUGUCUGCAGAUCGCAGAGCAAGUGGAUCCUGGGGUCUUCAAGCCCAUCAAGAAGUUAUCCAGCCUAGGGUGUGCGCGCAGUCGGGCUCCUACGGGUCGCCCCUCUCUUUGGGUGGGGGGCUAGAGCGGUACACGAGUGGAAGAGGAAGGGAGUGAGGGCUGCCACGCUGGCAGACACAAAGUGCACUGGCCGAAGGGUGAAGGCUGGGGACACCUAGGAGAAGGCGACUUGUAGGUGGGCGCCUGCAGUGCUCGGCCCCUUCUGCUGGAGGACUGGGAUUACCACCCGGGAUAAGAGCCUCCCGAGCUGCCAGAAACUGCGCACUUUGGGGCCAGAUCUAGAAGUGCCGCGCGCGCCCACCAUCUGGAGUGUAUUCCCGAACCCCCAAACUCUGGGGCCGCCUCUGGUGUGCCCUGUGCAGAGACAGGGGUCUCACGGCUGGGACCGAUCACUCCUGGACCCGGGGCUUGGGAUCGGGUGUGUGGCGAGGACAGUGGGUUGCUUGUCUGCUCCUGAGUCGUUGGGCAGGCAGCACCCGCAGAAAGAUAGAAGCGACCACUACACUGGUUUAGAGCAGCGUUCUUCAGUCUACCCUUCCAAGUGCUGCGCUGAAGCAAGGAGUGAUGCUACAAAGGCCUGGAAAGAGGGGUGGACUCAAAAAGACCCUCUGCUCUGAACCUGAGCCUUAGGCAGCGCGGACUUCUGAAAGAGCGAAAGGGUCUGGGUCACCGCUAGAGUUACUUUGCCAAGCCAGUGUCAACGGCGCAGCUGCAGCCUCGGAGGAAAGGGGCAGCAGCCAUUGGGCCAGGAGCCUUUGUCUUAACCUCCAGUCCCCUUCUGUUAGUCCUGGUUGGGCCAAUGGCGCGCUGAGUAAUUAAUAUUCCGAACAUUAGUUGUCCCUUCACCUCGGCACAGACGGUCCUGCUGCCCUUCCUUUGCCCCCUACUCACAGCUGGUAUUCACCACCUCCUCACCUCCAAGCCUUCCCUGGGGGAAAAAAAGAAAAGAAAAGAAAGGAAGUGAUCUGGACCCACUAAGCAAAAAGAUAAUGCCAAAAGCACUCCAGAGGGGUCAGGGCAAGUGAAUGCCCACACCGCGCAUGCCCGCGUGCGAGGAGGGAAGGAGUAGCUGGAACUUUCUUGAUUAGCAUAAGUAUCUGCCCCGGGGCCGCGCGGUGCGAGGCGGAGGCUCUGCCCAAGCUUAGGUGCAAGAGAAGUCCAGUCUUGAGUGAGGUCUGAGGGACCUGCUUCUAAUCUGAGGGGACCGCGGGGUGCGACUUGGCGGAACAGGACGCUAGGAUGAAACAGAUCCGAGAUCAACGGGUAAUCAGAAAGGGUCCCAUUUCCCAGAAGAACCACUCGCUUCAACAGCCAGGGAGAGUGCCUGGAUGUUCAAAUUGGGGAAUGGCGGUCAAUGUGUAUUCUACCUCGAUAACCCAGGAGACUAUGAGCCGGCAUGACAUCAUCGCAUGGGUUAAUGACAUCGUGUCUCUAAACUACACAAAAGUGGAACAACUCUGUUCAGGAGCGGCCUACUGCCAGUUCAUGGACAUGCUCUUCCCGGGCUGUAUUAGUUUGAAGAAAGUAAAAUUCCAAGCAAAGUUGGAGCACGAGUAUAUCCACAACUUUAAACUUCUGCAAGCGUCCUUUAAACGGAUGAAUGUUGAUAAGGUAAUCCCGGUGGAGAAGCUGGUGAAGGGGCGUUUCCAAGACAACCUGGAUUUUAUUCAGUGGUUUAAGAAAUUCUACGAUGCUAACUAUGACGGGAAGGAGUAUGAUCCUGUUGAGGCUCGACAAGGGCAGGAUGCAAUUCCUCCCCCUGACCCUGGGGAGCAGAUCUUCAACCUGCCUAAGAAGUCUCACCAUGCAAACUCCCCCACAGCAGGCGCGGCUAAGUCAAGUCCGGCCGCCAAGCCGGGAUCUACACCUUCUCGUCCCUCGUCUGCCAAAAGGGCUUCGUCCAGCGGCUCUGCAUCCAGAUCUGACAAAGAUUUAGAAACACAGGUCAUACAGCUCAACGAACAGGUUCAUUCACUGAAACUCGCCCUGGAAGGUGUGGAGAAAGAGAGGGAUUUCUACUUCGGGAAGUUGCGAGAGAUUGAGCUGCUAUGCCAGGAACAUGGGCAGGAAAACGAUGACCUCGUGCAGCGACUAAUGGAAGUGCUGUAUGCUUCCGACGAACAGGAGGGCCAAACAGAGGAGCCGGAAGUGGAGGAGCAAACCCAUGACCAACAGCCCCAGCAGCAGGAAGAGUACUGAGCCAUCUUGUCCGCUCUUGACGAUUCCAUCCUGCGUGGGGACUUUUCUUCUGGAGAAUUGCAACGCGUGUGGCCUGGAGCGCAGUAGAAACCAGCUGUUCCCAACCUGUUCCCAUCGACAGUGAUCUUGCACCCUCCAGCCAUUGCUCUUGGUUCCCACUUCUCUGCCAAGACGCGUUAGCAGAUGGCUAUUCUGGUCAGCUCCCUGCCAGGUCAUAGGCUCACCUUCAACUUCACCACCUGGCUGCUUGAGACUGGUUCUGCUCCUCCCUCAUAACUAUUUCCCACCCCAACACCACCACCACCACCAUCACCACCACCACCACCCCUUUUUAUCCUGGUGUGAAACAAUGGUAAUUUGAUAUAUGGUAUUUAUAUUGGCAUUUUUCAACCCAGUGUCAGUAGGUGUCACGCGCAUUUGUGGUGCUUUGAUGUUUGCGAGUCUAACCUCCUCUCAUAAAUUUGGUCAGAUGAUUAAUUGGAACAAAGGGAAACAGAUAUUUGAUAUGAAAGCCAUAUGACAGUAGCUUGUGUCAUGGGGAAAACAGUUUUCUCCCUCUACUCACAACACUAAAGGGAAAAAAUGGAUUCAGAACUAUGACUUCAGGGCCCAGCAGUGUUGAUAGAGCAGCAUAUUAGACAACCACACAGUCGUUAGUUUUCAGACAUUCGCUCCACAGACAAUACCAUCUCAGCUCUGCCCUUGCUCUGUGUGUCCCUGCCUCCCCCCUCUCCCCCGGUUCUCCUGUUAUUUUCUUUCUCAGGGUCCUUUCUUUGGUGGGGGGUCCACUCCCCAAAAGAUGUUGUCAUUGGCAAUCCGCAGUUGCAAAGGGGGUAGGGUGGUCUCAGAAGGCACAAGGCUUCCUGCCUCAUCCCUCUUUUCUCCUCGUAAGGGCUUCAACCCAAGUCCUCCAGUUCACAUUUAAGGAAUCCAUACUAGAGGGGAACUUGAGGGAGCGUACCCUACACGCCAGCCUUCACUCGGUGCUGGCUGCCAGGGUUGGAAACGAAGACUUGAUCGAUAGCAAGGGAGAAGAGUGGCCACACACAAAAAUGCCAAUGACCCCCAUCACCUUCUGGAGUGAGGACUCCACCCUCUCUGCAACAAGGGGCCCUCCUUGUCACUGACAUUUGCUAAACCACGGCAAUUCAUAAACGGGAAACAUUAGUGAAUUGAAAGCAUUCCUUGUUUUUAACUAAUAUUUGCACAUUUUCUUAGUCUCCUUCCUGAUGGUCACCUGUCCUCCCCUCUUGACAGAUGGCAUUCUUUCCCAACUCCCUCCGUUUUAUUCGAUUUUAGCUUUAGGUUUGCUGUCCCUUGUCAUAUGGCCAGCAAGUGCAGAAAAAAAACAAGAAACAAAUGUGCCCACCCCACCUUCCACUUAAAAAAAAAAAGUCUCAAAAUAAAUUUCUGAAUUAUGCAUCAUAAAGCUUUGAAAUUUCUUUAUUAAUUGAUGGGAUACUAACCUUAAAUCCUAGCGCUGAAGCUUUCCACCAAGAGAAAGCUUUGCAAAAUAAACCUUCGCGGCAGCGUUGUAUAUAACUGAGGCCCAUGUGGAAAAGAUGGCUUGUAUUUUUGAAAUGAUCACGACACACUGUGCAGAAGCGGACAGUUGUUCCAUGGCGUCUGGUUCUCCUUCCUUCUCUCUCCUGCUCACUCAGCCCUGCAGCGCAGCGCAUCUCUCUGAGGCUGGAAAGCCUCGCCCCUCGCAGUGACGUCCUCCCACGCCUGGCCGCGGUAGUGGCUGUGCUCCACGCAGCAGCGUCAGGCCUCGUGGUUUGCUGCUCUCCUGAGCCUUCUUUAUUCACUCGCUUUGUUUUUGGCUUUUCAAUGGCUAUUCUAAAGAGGUACAAUGAGCAGCUAUUCACAGACCCCUGGGUGGUUCCCGAACCUGCCCAGGACGUCUUAGCACCCAGGGCUGGGGGAUUCAUGGCCACACUCCUGAGUGGGUACCGGGAAUCGGGAUGCGUCAGGAUCUUUCAUCUCCCAGUGCCUCUCGCUGGAAGCACUCUUCCUUUCCACCUCCCUGGACUACUAAGCUGGAGACCUACUGGCCACAUGUCUGAAAAGACUGCUCCCCAGCUGGUGUACUCCAUUCUCCUUCCUAGUGGCUCACGCCAGACCAUUCAUCCACUCCUGUCCGUGUGCCCAUCGUACAUAUCUGGUGAAGUGCUAUGUCCCAGAUGGUGCCAUGGAUGCUUUGGGGAACCCUUCGCAGUUAUUUCCACCCCUGCCUCUGGGCACCCACCACUCAUGGAUGGCGGAACAUCCAUUGUCUUAUCUCGGCAUUCAGGGGACACAGUCCUCUAAGCCCCAGCCCAGCCAUCGAACAUCACACUGGGUCCAGAGGCAUCCCAGCAUGGGUCCCUGCUCCUCCCUCUCAAGAAGUUGGUUUUUUUUUUUUCCUCAGUUUCCCCGCACCCACUGUUGGCUGGAAGGGCUUCCAUUACCACUGUCAGAUUGGAAGUGAUUGAAGCAGGGGAUGAAGAGAGAGCUCACAUCCUAAGUAUAGAGAAGCAGGACAAAAAAAAAAAAAAAAAAAAAAAAAAAAAAACGUUCAAAAGACAAACACCCUGUUGAACUGAGAGAAGUAAACUCCAAAAGGGAACCAAGAUUUCCUCCCUUUCCUGGUGUUUCCAUUAUUCCGUUAAGGUUUAAUAUGCAUUCAGAUUACUUUACUAAAUAGUACACCAUAAAGCUUUUGUUAUAUAUUAAAUGUAAACUGAAAGGAAUGUAAACAUAUGUAUUGUUAAUUAUAAAUAUCGAUAAGUAAUGGCAUACUAGAUGAAGAGGUCUUAUUCAGACGCAUCACAUUCAUUUUACAUUGCCCACCUAUUGUCGCAUGAUAGGAUAGCUUUUUGUCUCUGAAUAUGUGAAUAACUUGACUUGCGUUGACCUUUUUACAUAUUUAAUAAAAAAAUAUAUGUUAAAAUCUG